CGGCAGAAGCUCUGCAGGGCGGGGGCCGGAGCAGACACAGGGUGACCGCGGCGCCUUUUGCGCCUUAAUCCCUUGAUCGCUCUCGGGGAUGGAGGGGGGUGCCAGGGUGGGCUGUCCCUGUCCCUGUCCCUGUCCCCAGCAUCCCCAUCCCUUGCUCCAGCCCCGCGUUUUGGCAGCUGCCGGACACUGCAAGGCACGUCUCGCCGAGGUUAAUUAGCCUCGGCAGGAGUAAUUAGCCCAGGGCUAAUUGCAGGGCUGGGUGUCGCCAUCCCCCGAGCGCUGCUGAUGCUCCUGGCAGGGGAAAUUUGGGAUUGCGGGGCUUUAGGGACCCCCCCCAAGAGCAGCAGGUGAGCGGGGCCGUGGGAAAAACCAUCCCCUCCCCUCCACCAGUGCUCUAUCCUGGAUCCCCUCCGCGGAAUUAGAGUGGGGACACGCCAGAGGAGCCCCAUCCUGCACAGCUGGCAUCCUGGAGCAGCUCUGAGCACCGGGAUGGAUGGGAAUAGCCCCUCCUCGGGAACUCCUGGCCCCCAAUCCUGCACAGCUGGCAUCCUGGAGCAGCUCUGAGCACCGGGAUGGAUGGGAAUAGCCCCUCCUCGGGAACUCCUGGCCCCCAAUCCCGGCUCCCGGGUGGGGUUUGCAGGAACCUCUCUGCACCUGAGUUUUGCCCCAGGGCUCAGCCCCAGGUGCGACCCUCUCCUCCUUCCCUCCAGUCUUCAGGGAAGCCCAUAAAGCAGAGCUGGGGAGGAGCAGCAGGAAUUUAGGGUGUUGGAGGGCGGAUGGGCUCUCAUCCCCGGUUUUCCUCUCUUCCCCAGGUGCGGAUCCCUCCCUGCUGCCGGCCGGGGCUGCGAUCUCCCACCAUGGGGGUCAAAGCGAUGCUCCCCAGCUACGAGCUGGGCUUUUACGCUCUCGUGGUCACCUGCGCUGUGCUCUACAGCGGCAGCGGCAUCUUCGAGGCAUCCCGAGACAGCAUGAACAGAAAGGCUUUUCGGGACGGCAUAAAGCCGGGCUGGCACUACUUUGGCAGGAAGAUGGACGUGGCUGAUUUCGAGUGGGUGAUGUGGUUCACCUCGUUCAGGAACAUCAUCAUCUUCGCCCUCUCGGGACACGUCCUCUUCGGCAAGAUCUGCUCCAUGGCUGUGCCACAGCACCGGGCUGUGAUGUACAUGGUCUACGGGCUGCUGGCUGUGCUGGCCAGCAUGGGGCUGCUCUACCUGAUGAUCAUCCUGUCCCACUGCCUGCUCCUCUACUCGGUGGCCCUGGCCAAGCAGAAGUGGCUCUGCUACGUGGCCGGGCUCUGCUGCCUCGCCUCCUUCAAGGUGGAGCCCUUUGGCUCCUGGCAGAGUGGGUUUGUAACAGGAGCUUUUGACCUCCAAGAAGUUCUUUUCUUCGGGGGCUGCACCUUCACCAUCAUGCGCUGCAUGAGCUUCGCCCUUGAGAGCUCCGAGAAGGACGAGGGCAUCUACUCCAUCCUCGACCUCCUCAAGUACAACUUCUACCUCCCAUUCUUCUUCUUCGGGCCUGUCAUGACCUUUGACCAGUUCUACGCCCAGGUCAGCACCCGCGAGCUGCGGCGCAAGGACGACGAGAUGAAGAGCAUCCGUGUCAAUGCCCUGCUCCACGUGGGGGCCAUCGUGGCUGUGGACAUCUUCUUCCACUUCUUCUACAUCCUCACCCUCCCUUCUGACCUGAAGUUCGUGACCCGCCUCUCGGACUGGUCCUUGGCUGGCCUGGCCUACUCCAAUUUGGUGUAUGACUGGGUGAAAGCUGCUGUCAUGUUUGGGGUCAUCAACACCAUCGCCAGACUGGACCACCUGGACCCACCCCAGCCCCCAAAAUGCAUCACCAUGCUCUACAUCUUUGCUGAAACGCAUUUUGACAGAGGGAUUAAUGACUGGCUGUGCAAAUACGUGUAUGACCACCUUGGAGAGAACCAUGACAACAUCCUGAAGGAGCUGGUGGCGAGCACCACCACGUUUGCCAUCACCACGCUGUGGCUGGGGCCCUGCCAGCUCGUUUACAUCUGGUCCCUCGUCAACUGCUUCGGCCUCAACUUCGAGCUCUGGGUGCAGAAGUUCUUCCAGCUGGGGCCCUUUGCCAAACUGGAGGCCAAGCUCUCAGGGGCCAUGUCCCGGCGGAUCAGGGCAGCUUUUGGGGCAGUGAACUUCUGGGCCAUCGUCCUCUACAACAUCCUGGCCCUCAACAGCCUGGAGUUUGCACUGCUGGUGACCAAGAGGCUCCUUGUGAUGGGUUUCCCUGUGAGCACCCUGUCCAUCUGGUUCAUCACCUACUGCGGCGUGCAGCUGAUCAAGGAGCGCGAGCGCAUCCUGGCCCUCCAGGAGGAGCUCAAGGCUGACAAGGCAAAGCUGGAGUAGGGCAGGCACCACAGGCUUGUCCCCAAAGCCUUGUCUCCCUUCAGCCGCUGGCCAGGGCUCUGCAAGCCCUCCUGACAAUCAGACUGCUGUAGAUCCAUGUAGAAGUCACCUGGAAGGCACAGGUCACCCUCCUGCUGCAGGAAGGAUUUUCCAUCAGGCACAGUGGCUGUUUCACAGUCUCCCCAGGAUGCUGAGGCAGCUCCCAGGACGUUUCUUUCAAGCCAGAGUCAUCCCCAUUGUUUUUCUGACCCUCUGACAUUGUGCAGGCUCAGAGAUUUCACCCCCUGCUUCCCACAGCGCUUGGUCCACCAGCACUGGGCUCCCCACAGCCCCUGUCUCCCAGAGGAGACUCUCCAGAUCCCAUGGCUGGGGGUUUUAGGGCCCUGAACUGCUGGAUCUGAGACUGAUGUGGCCACCAGGACCCCCCCACUGGGACUCAAGCCAAAGCCCCCCUCAGUUUUUUAAUAUGCCAUGGACAAAGGUCUAAGCUCACAUUCCUGCCCAUGGCCAAGGGACAGAACGUGCUGGAGCCAAGCCUUGCUCAUCUCCAGCCACCCAUCCCUUUCCUCAGCUGCCUUUGGUGUGCACAGCCCACAGCUGUAGGGUGAAUAGGAUCAAAGGAGAAAAUCCCCAGAUGAAGGGCAGGGUCUUGGGGCUGGGUGGUGGAGGGGCAGCCCAUGGGAGACUCCUUGGAGAAUCAGACUUUGGGAGUGUGUGAAACACAGUGCCUUGGGGGAAGGUGGGUUUGUAACAGGAAAACAGCUCUGGCUCUCUUGCACUUUAGAGUAACUCUCGUGGCCUUAUGUCUGAGCCAUGUCCCUGUUUGGUGAGGGCAGGAUCCACACCCCUCUGCAACAGGGAUUGGGACACUUGGUGCAUCCCUGUGGAUGAAGCAGGAUGGGUUCCAGGCCAGCUCUCAGCUCUGCCAAAGUAAUUUGUGAAGUUCCUGGUAAACGUCACUUAUUUAUGUAGCCAAUAAAUGUUGGAUAACUCUG